AUGAGAGGAGCCAUGCUAUUAUCGGUGCUACUGGUGACGACUUGCCGCUUUGCCUUUUCUCUCAAAGAUGGACUAGUAGAAAAUGGGAACUUCGAGUUUAGCCCGAAGCAAUCGGAUAUGAAAGGAACAGAGUUGAUCGGACGCUAUGCAUUACCAAAAUGGGAAAUUUCAGGGUUCGUGGAGUACAUCAAAGCAGGGCAAAAACAAGGGGACAUGUUGCUAGUAGUGCCAGAAGGAGCCUACGCAGUAAGGCUUGGGAAUGAGGCAUCAAUCAAGCAAAUACUAAACGUUACAAAGGGAAUGUACUAUUCCAUCACAUUUAGUGCAGCUAGAACUUGUGCUCAAGAGGAAAAGUUGAACAUAUCAGUGUCUCCUGAAUGGGGCGUGCUACCAAUGCAAACAAUGUAUAGCAGCAAUGGAUGGGACUCGUACGCUUGGGCAUUCAAAGCCCUGCUUGAUGUUGUUGACCUUGUUAUUCACAAUCCAGGAGUCGAAGAAGAUCCUGCUUGCGGUCCUCUAAUUGAUUCAGUGGCAAUUAAAGCUCUAUAUCCUCCUAAACCAACAAAUAAGAACAUAAUGAAAAAUUGGGGUUUCGAAGAAGGUCCAUAUUUGUUCCCUAACGCAACCUCGGGUGUCCUAAUCCCACCCAACAUUGAAGAUAAGCACUCUCCACUCCCUGGCUGGAUGGUUGAAUCCCUUAAGGCAGUUAAAUACAUAAAUGCAGAAAAUUUUUGGGUGCCACAAGGACGAUAUGCCAUAGAACUUGUAGCAGGCAAAGAAAGUGCCAUUGCACAAGUAGUCCGCACCAUAACCGGCAAAACCUAUACCCUCUCAUUUUCAGUAGGAGAUGCCAACAAUUCAUGUGAAGGGUCAAUGGUUGUCGAGGCGUUUGCUGGCAAGGACACGAUCAAAGUUCCCUACGAGUCUAAGGGCAAAGGUGGAUUUAAGCGUGCAGUGCUUAAAUUUGUUGCUGUUUCUACCAGAACAAGAAUAAUGUUCUACAGCACAUUUUACACCAUGAGGAGUGAUGACUUCUCUUCUCUGUGUGGACCUGUUAUUGACGAUGUGAAGCUGUUGAGCCUCCGUGGAACAUGA